AGCCACUGUGAAGGCUUUUUCAAGGAUUCGCUUUAGUAUGGCUAAGAAAAACUGUUUCCAGUUACAUCAGGUGAUAUCCUUAUUCACUUUUGCUGUCAGUGUAAACGUCUGCGUGGGAUUUACAGCUAAUCGUCUGAAAAGGUCCGGUGAAGGGGGAGAAGAGAUUCUGUUUUCAGACCUACCCACAGUCUUAUCAGAUUCUCCCUGGAUCAGUAGUUCGGGCUCCUGCAAAAACAGAUGCUUUGAACUUCAAGAGGCAGAACCUCCAGGAUGCCGCUGCGACAACUUGUGCAAGAGCUACAACAGUUGUUGUGAUGACUUUGAUGGACUAUGUUUAAAGACAGCUGGAGGCUGGGAAUGUACAAAAGAGCGUUGUGGAGAGACGAGAAAUGAAGAUAAUGCUUGCCACUGUUCUGAAGACUGCUUAUCCAGAGGAGACUGCUGUACGAACUACCAAGUGGUUUGCAAAGGAGAAACACAUUGGGUUAUGGAUGAUUGUGAAGAUAUCCGGGCUCCAGAAUGCCCAGCAGGGUUUGUUCGUCCACCAUUGAUCAUCUUCUCUGUCGAUGGUUUCCGUGCAUCAUACAUGAAGAAAGGUGACAAAGUGAUGCGUAACAUUGAAAAACUAAGAUCUUGCGGAACUCAUGCUCCAUAUAUGAGACCCGUCUACCCUACCAAAACCUUCCCUAACCUGUAUACUUUGGCAACUGGGCUUUAUCCUGAAUCUCAUGGAAUCAUUGGAAAUUCAAUGUAUGACCCUGUAUUUGAUGCUACCUUCAGCCUUCGAGGUCGAGAAAAAUUCAAUCACAGAUGGUGGGGAGGUCAACCAAUCUGGAUUACUGCUGCUAAGCAAGGAGUCAAAGCGGGAACAUUCUUUUGGUCCAAUGUAAUUCCUCACGAGCGCAGGAUAUUAACUAUACUGCAAUGGCUCACUUUGCCAGACAAUGAAAGGCCUUAUGCAUAUGCAUUUUACUCUGAACAGCCAGAUCUUGCUGGCCACAGAUACGGUCCUUUUAGCCCGGAGGAGAGUAGUUUUGGCUUACCUCUUACUUCAUCUAAAAGACCUAAGAGAAAGAUCACUCCUAAGAGGAGACAGAAAAGGCGUGUUGGUUCUUCAAAGAGAAGAAGAAAAGUGCCUAGAGCGGAACAAUACUCUGCGGAAUCCCGUCGGAAUAAAAUGUUGAAUCCACUAAGAGAUAUUGACAAGAUCCUGGGGCAACUAAUGGAUGGACUGAAGCAGUUGAACCUACACCGAUGUGUCAACAUAAUCUUCGUUGGUGAUCAUGGGAUGGAUGAUGCCACUUGUGAAAGAACUGAAUAUUUGAACUCUUAUCUACCUAAUGUGGAUGACAUCAUUUUGGUACCUGGAACACUGGGACGUAUUCGAGCCAGAGGGAACAGUAACGUCCGAUUUGACCCCAAAGCCAUUGUUGCCAAUCUCACAUGCAAGAAACCUGACCAGCACUUCAAGCCCUACUUGAAGCAGCAUCUCCCCAAGCGCCUGCAUUAUGCAAAUAACCGAAGGAUCGAGGACGUCCAUUUGCUGGUGGAGAGAAGAUGGCACGUGGCCAAGAGGCCUGGAGAACUCAUUAAGAAAACACCUGGAAAGUGCUUUUUCCACGGAGACCAUGGGUAUGACAACAAGAUCAAUAGCAUGCAGACUGUUUUUGUAGGGUAUGGACCUUCAUUCAAAUUCAGGACAAAGGUACCACCAUUUGAGAAUAUAGAACUUUACAAUGUUAUGUGCGAUCUUCUUGGGUUAAAGCCUGCGCCCAAUAACGGGACCCAUGGAAGCUUAAAUCACCUCCUGCGGACCAGUACGUAUAAAGCAGCCAUGCCAGAGGAGGUUGCAAGGCCGCUCUAUCCUGUAGCUGCAGCAGCGUUGGCUGACUACGAACUGGGAUGUUCCUGUGAUGACAAGAAUAAGUUGGAUGAACUCAAUCGGCGUCUUCAUGUCAAAGGAACUGAAGAUAAGCACCUCCUUUAUGGCCGUCCUGCUGUUCUUUAUCGUACAAAAUAUAGCGUCCUGCAUCACCAUGACUUUGAAAGUGGCUACAGUGAAGUAUUCAUGAUGCCGCUUUGGACAUCCUACACCAUUUCCAAACAGGCAGAGGUGUCUGGAGUCCCAGAGCAGUUGGUCAACUGUGUACGGCCAGACCUGCGCAUUUCUCCAACCAACAGUCAGUGCUGUACGGCCUACCGAGUGGACAGACAAAUGUCUUAUGGAUUUCUAUUUCCUCCCCAGCUCAGCUCCUCAGCAGAAGCAAAAUAUGAUGCUUUUCUAAUAACAAAUGUCAUUCCAAUGUAUCCUGCCUUCAAAAAGGUGUGGAAUUACUUCCAACGGGUUUUGGUGAAGAGAUAUGCCAUUGAACGGAAUGGAGUCAAUAUUAUCACUGGACCCAUCUUUGAUUAUGACUUUGACGGUUUACAUGACACGCCAGACAAAAUAAAAAUCUAUGUGGAAGGAAGUUCAAUUCCGGUUCCAACCCACUACUAUGCAAUCAUCACAAGUUGCCUAGAUUUCACGCAACCUGCUGACAAGUGUGAUGGACCACUAUCUGUGCUGUCAUAUAUAUUCCCACACCGGCCUGACAACGAUGAGAGCUGUUUAAAUUCUUCCGAGGAUGAAUCCCGAUGGGUUGAAGAACUCUUGAAAAUGCACACCGCCCGAAUACGUGAUAUUGAGCAGCUUACCAGCUUGGACUUCUUCAGGAAGACCAGCCGAAGCUACACAGAAAUCCUUUCUUUAAAGACAUUCCUGUAUACAUUUGAAAGUGAAAUUUAAUCAUCUCUUAAACUCAGCCGUUCCAUUCUCUCAUGAAGUGGUGUAUAUUUUUAUAUUAUAUUUAUUAAUUUGAAACAGGACAUUAAAAUUAUUAGUGUGUUUUAAUCUUGCAUCAAAUCUUAAAUAUAUUAAAGUUGUGUCAGGUUUUUUAUUCUUUAAUGUAGGGCAUAUGUGUUUGGUCUUUUUUUCCUUUCCUUUUUCCUGAGAGAACGCUCAGAGUGUUAGCAACACUUGAGUCUCUUGGUCAAAGCUUCUAAAACGGUGCUGCAGAAUCAAUUACUUACUUUGAGGAAUCUUAAUUUUUCCAGCACUCCUUUGCCUCAUUCUUUUUUUUUUUUUAGUCCUGUAUUGUGUAUCAGACAGGUAAAAUGACAAUUACUAUUAACUAUGUGAUAAGUGUAUUUAAGCUCCAUAGAGAAUAGAAACUUAAAUAUAAUAAAACCACACAUUCAGUUUUUA